AUGUGGGCCGAUCCCCGUCACCAACGAAGUCAACGAAAUCAAGUCAAGUCUGCCAGUCUACCUAUUCGGAAUUCACCCAUCGUGAUGUACAGAUCGGAUACUUGGUCAGCACGAUCUACAGUGAUGGAGAGGCUUCAUGGUACGGGAAAAAAGUGGCUUUGGCUUGGCUACUUUUGGCCUAGAGUAUCCCACAAUGGAGAUCUCUACGCGGAAAAUGAUGAAUUGAACCGGUUGAUGGCACGUGGAAGAUAUCAACAACUUGUAAGAGACCAGCAAAUGGCUUUGUUGAACGAGUUCUGA